AUGCCAUUUGAAGACUCCAAAUACGAUAUUGACGAAGAGACGCGGAACCUCCCUUCAACAGUUUGUUAUUUCCCAACUUUGGCAGAUUUAGAUACCCAUUCAAGUGACGAUGCAAUCGAAGACUCUAACGAAUCAGUCUUGAAAAAAAUCAGCUUGUUGCAAAUCAAGCUAGAGCAGUUGCAAUACUCAAGGGAUUCAAAGAACAUGGGUGGGUUAAAUUGGAGCUUCAACAAAUUCUCGGGCCACAUAUUAUACGAAUUAGCUAAUGAAGUUUUUGGAUUUAACGGGUGGUCCACGUCAAUCGAGGAAUGCGUGAUGCUGGACGUGAAUGUUGUUAAUGAUGAAGGGGUCCCUGCCACUGGUCAUUUGAGUAACGAAGCAGCCCCAAUUUCUUCAAAUGUUUCAGCGACAACCUUAAGCAGUACGCCAACGGCCCCAAAUAGCGAGGAAACGAAACAAAGGUACUCGGCAAAGUGUAUUUGCGUCGUACGCUUGACCUUACUGGAUGGUACUUGCACCGAUGGCGUAGGCGAAGGCUCGGCUUCCAAUAUACCACAUAAGUAUAUGUGCUAUUCCAAAUGCAAGAAAGAGGCUGUUACUGAUGGAAUGAAGAAUGCAAUUAUCGGCCUACGCGACUUAUAUUUCAGGUACGAGCUGAAAAAGGCUAGUGAAGAACUUGGAAUUGAUGACCCAAGCAGUCAAAAUUAA